CCAACAUAAGCAGAAAAUAGAGUGUGAAGUUCACAGCUAGAGAGAAAGCAAUACAGAGAGAAAGUACAGCUAGAAAAUCAGAUAUAUAUUCAGAUUUUAGAGGCAGCCAUGAAGGACAUGAUUCUUGAAUCCCUUUUACAAGCAGCAUUCAAAGAUUAUUUACAUAAGGAGGUCCCAAAAUUUAAAAAGCCCUACAUAGAAGAGGAGAAGAAUGUUGAAAUCCAAGAGAAUGAAGGACAUGUGAACCUCGACAUCACUAAGUGCUUCGGGGAGACACGUGCCAAUUUGUCUAAAACUAUUGCAAAAUAUGAAGUGAUGUUGAACCAAAACAAAUCGCGUUGUUUAGGCUUCCCUGUUAAUCAGGAAAUUAACUAUGACGCAUUGACACCGUUGUUGCGCUACCACUUAAACAAUGCUGGAGAUCCAUUUCUCGGAAGCGGUUAUGGUCAAAAUUCAGUAGAAUUUGAAGUUUGUGUGCUUGAUUGGUUUGCCAAACUAUGGCAGAUGGAGAAGGGCGAGUAUUGGGGAUAUGUUACAACAGGUGGAACUGAAGGAAAUUUACAUGGAAUUUUAAUGGGGAGGGAAAAAUUUCAAGACGGAAUUUUAUAUACAUCACAAAACUCGCAUUAUUCGUUAUUCAAAAUAGCGAUGAUGUACAGAAUGCAAUGUGUAAAGGUCAACACUUUGAUUUCGGGUGAGAUAGAUUGUGCUCAUUUCAAGAGCUUACUUCUAUCUCACAAGGACAAACCAGCCAUCGUCAACCUAAACAUAGGAACAACUAUGAAAGGAGCAAUUGAUGACAUUGAUCUCGUAAUACAAACAUUAGAGGAAUGUGGAUUUCCUCGUGAUCGAUUCUAUAUUCAUUGUGAUGGAGCUCUAUCCGGAAUAAUGUUGCCGUUUCUUAAACAAGCUCCAAGGAUUAACUUCAAGAAGCCCAUUGGAAGUAUAUCUAUUUCCGGCCAUAAGUUCUUGGGAUGCCCAAUUCCUUGUGGUGUUAUAUUAACACGUUCAGAACACGUCAAUGCUCUAGCUAGAGACGUUGAAUAUAUUGAAUCAAGGGAUGUCACAAUCACAGGCAGCCGUUGUGGGCUUGCGCCAAUUUUCCUUUGGUAUGCUCUCCAAGAAAGAGGUUUAAUAGGACUUAAGAGAGAAGCGCAAAUGUGCAUCACAAAUGCACGCUAUUUGCUGGAUAAACUUCAUGGUAAUAGUAUUGGUGCAAUGCGAAAUGAGUUUAGCAAUACCGUUGUAUUUGAAAGGCCUCAAGAUGAUGACUUUGUGCGAAAGUGGAAUUUGUCUUGUGAAGGAAAUGUUGCACAUGUGGUUGUGAUGCAACAUGUCACUACUGAAAUGCUAGACUCAUUUGUUAGUGAACUAGUUAACAAACGGUCUGUUUGGUUUCAAGAUGGACUGAGAAAGUCUCCCUGCAUUGCGAACAACAUUGGAGAUAAAAAUUGUGCUUGUACAUCGCAUAAUUCAUUUUGAGGGUGGGAGGAAUGCUCUGAACAGAUAUAAAUAUGAUCAUGCUAUUAUAAUUGACAAGAUGGAUAUACUCUUCAAUCAUUACAAAGAUUUAUAAAUUUUUCCAAA